AUGGCCACCGAAGAAGAUCUUAUCGACUACUCCGAUGAGGAACUCCAGACCACUGAUGCUGCCGCUGCACCAGCUGCGCCAGCUGCCAACGGUGAUGCGUCUAAGAAGGGCGAUCUGACUGUAGGCGGAGCGGGCGCCGACAAGAAGGGCAGUUAUGUCGGCAUCCAUUCGACCGGUUUCCGUGAUUUCUACCUCAAGGCAGAACUUCUACGCGCGAUCACCGAUUGCGGCUUCGAACAUCCAUCGGAGGUCCAGCAAGUCUGCAUCCCAACAGCUAUCCUUAAUGUCGACGUUCUCUGUCAAGCCAAGUCCGGUCUUGGAAAGACAGCUGUUUUUGCCUUGACCACUCUACACCAGCUUGAGCCAGUUCCUGGAACUUGCUCUAUCCUCGUCAUGUGCCCUACUCGAGAGUUGGCUUAUCAAAUCAAGGACGAAUAUGCUAGAUUCAGCAAAUAUAUGCCAGACGUAAAGACUGCGGUGUUUUACGGCGGCACCCCGAUCCAGAAGGACAUUGAAAUCCUUUCUUCCAAGGAUACCCAUCCCAACAUCAUUGUUGGUACUCCAGGCCGAUUGAAUGCCCUUUUGCGGGACAAGAAGCUAUCCCUCCGCAAUAUCAAAUCAUUUGUCUUGGACGAGUGUGACAAAAUGCUCGACCAGAAGGACAUGCGCGCCGAUGUUCAAGAAAUUUUCCGCUCUACUCCUGCUGAUAAGCAGGUGAUGAUGUUCAGUGCCACUCUUGCCCAGGAGAUCCGUCCUAUUUGCAAGAAGUUCAUGCGAAACCCUCUCGAAGUGUAUGUCGAUGAUGAUACUAAACUCACCUUGCAUGGUCUUCAACAAUACUACAUCAAACUCAGCGAAGCAGAGAAGAACCGCAAGCUCAACGAGCUCCUUGACAACCUUGAGUUUAACCAAGUCAUCAUCUUUGUUAAGAGUACUGUUCGUGCGACAGAGCUUGACAAGCUCCUGAGGGAGUGUAACUUCCCAAGUAUUGCUGUUCACUCCGGUGUUUCCCAGGAAGAGCGUAUUAAACGAUACCGCGAGUUCAAAGAGUUCAACAAGCGUAUUUGCGUGGCAACUGACGUUUUCGGUCGUGGUAUCGAUAUUGAGCGAAUCAACUUGGCCAUUAAUUACGACAUGCCAAUUGACGCCGAUUCAUACCUUCACCGAGUUGGCCGUGCUGGUCGAUUCGGUACCAAGGGCCUGUCCAUCUCCUUCGUCAGUGACGAAGAGAACAUGCAGGUACUGAAGGAUAUUGAGAAGCGCUUCGAGGUCGCACUUCCGGAAUAUCCUGAGGAAGGCGUCGAUGCCAGUACCUACAUGGCGUAG